GGACAGCAGCAGUCUCAUGCAGUCUGGAGCUUACAUCGUGACAAGUACAUCAUGUUGGUGAAGGUGAGAUUUGGAGAAACGCAGAAGUAUGUCAAAGUAGCUGAGACUGAAGAUGGUUAUGAUGACUUCAGCACAUUUCUUCAGAAAGUCAUUGUGAAGCUAGGUCUUCCUCUUGAGACUGAGCUACACUUGACAGAUGAAUCAGGGACAGAAGUUGAUGCAGAUGUGUUUGAGGAUCUUUUGCAAGCAGGGAACCUUACUGUUAGGGUGACAACUGAGAAGUCAACAGUUGUGCUUCAACAUGAUUUAUCAUCUACUUCGCUGGAGUCAACCAUGUCAGACAAUUCAUCUGUGUCAGUUUCUGGAGACUCCUUGCUAGCAUCUUCUGACUCAUCUGAUGCCACAGUGAUUGUUCACACAAACGGAGGGACGAGAACACAUGCUGAACAGGAAGCAGCAAAAGAGAUGGUGAGAAAUGCUCUCCAGGUUAAACCAGGUGGACAGGUUAUUAAACUGCGAUCACUGACGGAUGGCACAAGAAGACGUUUGGUAAACCUCCUUGUGGCCAACAUGGUUGAAAUUCAUGGGAUGAUCCCACCAGUCUCUGUGAGAACUAAAUAUGCUUUGGGCAUCAUCUCUCUAUUUCCCAGCCUCAAAGAUCCAUAUUCAGACAAUGGAUAUGAACACUUCUAUGACCAACAGAGUGGAUCUGGCUACUUGGCUUGGAGAAUAAAAACUGUUCAGCGCAACUCGGCAGCUCAGUCCCGGAGAUCCUCCACCAGCACAGCCUAUCAAGAUAGUCCAAAGAGAAAGAGAGAGGUUUCCUGCACCGAUAAGCAGCUGCUUGGUGAGGAGUGUCGUGAAGCGAUAUCCUUUUUGAAACAUUCAACUGAUGAAUCGGCAGUCAAAGAGAAGAUGAGGGCCACAUUUCAGUAUCGUCAAACACUGGUUCAAGAUCAACAGUGCUCUUCAACAGUCUUGGAUGUCUUCCCACAAUUCCUUAACAUCACUGGCUUGAUUGACCAGGACUUCACCAUGAUGUUUGGAGAGGAGGUGUCGGGCAGAUUUUUGGCAAAAUGGCCUACUUUUUUCAAACCUAGGAUCCUGACAGAGUGCAGAAAACUGACUUCUAAUGAGCACAUUGAAGAGCUCUUGUAUUCGCAGCACGACACAGGCUGGGACAGUGACCUGUCAAGCAUUCUACUGUUGCUUCACUUGCUUCCACCUACCUCCAAAGGCCACAAGAAGAGUGCCAAAAUCAGCUCAUGUCAAGCUGUGGACCAUGUUGUGAGAUAUCUGCAGAUGGGAGCCAGUGUCGAAACCUUCCUUGCUGGUGUGGAACCGGGACAGCCCUUCCUCCUGUGUGUUGGUGAAAACAAGAGCAGCAUCCAAAGAUACUACAUCAUCAUUGAUCACAAGGCCGUCCCUUGCAAGGCACAGACCUCCUUGGCAGCUUUCGAUGAGCUCUUCAAGGCACACUUCAUCUUCAGCGUCAACUACCAUGAAUCCCUCUAUAACUUCUAUACGUUCAUCCAAACCACAGUUUUUAACAUUGAUGUGGGACAUGCCAAGGAAAGUCCCAGAGUCAGGGAACUAAGAGCAAGAUUUUUGCACGACACUUGAGGUGAU